GAUGGAUGGAUGGAUGGAUGGAUGGAUGGAUGGAUGGACGGACGGACGGACGGACGGACGGAUGGACAUUUCUUCCCUGUGUAUUUUAACAAUCCAUGCAUGCAAUACCAGAUAUGUCCUUAUGUUGUUGUUUUUUAGGGUAAAGGGGAGUCUGAAAAUGUCUGGCACUGAAUAAGUUGUCUUUUUAAUGUCUGUGGUAACACAAAAUGACAACUGCAAAAGCUUUUUCCUAACUUAACAAGUGCAUGUUUCUGUAUUCUCUGGAUGGAGUACUUGAAAUGUCUUGCGGCGGACAGAAAAUGUUUUCCAAUUCUGGAAUGACCCACUAAUUAAACAUCUGUCUUGGCACAUUUGAAUAUUUGAUUAUUUAAGUUAAACAAGGCCUUCUAUAUGAAGGCCAAAUGCGUUUCCCGAAAGUCAACCAUCUCAGCUGAAAAACAUUUGCUUGUUUCUCAAUCAGCGACAAUGCUCCGUUGGCUGUCAGUGAAGUUCGUACUGCUGCUGGUCAUUGGUUGUUGCACUGUUGCUACCCCGCUAAAAAGUUCCGGUCGCCAAGAAGCUCACAGCGUCCUCAAAUUGAUGAGCAACCACUCCAAUGAAACAGUGGCGGUGACGCAGAGGCUCGGCGAAAACACGGAAGAACUGCACACAAAGAGUAGGUCCAGCACUCAACUCGCGGUUCAGAGCAUAGAUCUGCGGCAUAGAGACAAGAUCAUCAAACAUCUGACAGGUCCUCUUUAUGUCAACCCAAAGUGCAGGAAUCACUUUCAUAGACUUUACCAUGUCAAGGACUGUGUGGUACCAGCAUAUUUUAAAAGAUGUGCUCGUCUACUGACUCGACUGGCCAACAGCCUUCGUUGUGCCGAGAGGUGAACACUGGAAUGGCGUAACAGACACAUGGAUUGGGGCCCAAUACAAAGCAGAAAACAUCAUUUUCCUUAAACAGCUAAACUGCAGGGUGAACAUCUUGACUUCAUGAAAAACAUUUGUCGCUCGAUUUAUCCAUAUUGUGAUUUCAUGAUCGUUUUGAACAUGAAUGAAUGAAUGAAUAAAUAUUUACACUUUA